UCCAAAGGAUAUAUUACGGAGUCAUUAUAGUAAAUUAAUUAGUGCUAUUAGUGUGGAUCUUUGCAAUAUAAGUGCUUUAAUGUAUGCUAAAGGCCUAAUACCUCAACAAACUAAAGAAGAUAUGCUUGUAUUAGGAGUAACUGACAGUAAAAAAGCCAAUAACCUUGUGCAUGUCAUUGAGCAACAUUUGGAAUCCUGUCUUACUCCAGAGAAAGCUAAGCAGUAUUUUAUUGCUAUAUGUCUUGUGUUAAUAAACAAACAACAUCAUACACUAACAGAUAUUGCAACUUCUAUGUUACAUCAAAUAGGUCAGUCUAUACCUGAUGAUGCCACAUCAAUUUGUUCAAUACCUGAUAAUGUUCAAAAAUAUGCUGACAUUAUGAAACAAAAUUACAAACACCAAGAUGUUGUUUCUACAGACUGGCCACCUAGAAUUGGAAGAGAUUUUUUUGGAAGACUAGCAUUAGUAGAAAAACAAGACUCCUGUACACAAACAAAAUCAGCUUGGCAUCUGCUAAGAGGACAAGUUGAUGAAACAGUUAAACUAGCUGAAAAUAAAAAGAUAAGUCUUGAAGAUGUCAUCGAACCCACUGAUAAUUCUCUAUCUCUUAGAGUAGUAAUAGAUGGUCCUCCUGGUAUUGGCAAGACAACACUCUGUCACAAAAUGUUACAUAUGUGGUCCAAUGGAACACUUUUACAUCAGAAGUAUGACUUGGUACUUUACUGUCCUUUAAGAAAUAGCAAGAUAGCUGAAGCUACUACAAUAGCUGACCUGUUUGAAUAUGGACGUUAUGAAGUUCCUGUGGUAGCUGAAUGGUUUGAGAAGAGGAAUGGAGAAGGAUUACUGAUCAUCUUUGAUGGUUGGGAUGAACUAAGUGAGCAACUCAGACAGUCUUCAUUAGCUGGAAGUAUCAUUUAUAGAAAGCAGUUAGGCGACUGUUCCACAAUUGUUACCUCUCGUAGCUAUGCCUCCGCUUUACUUUUAAAAAUACCUAAUCUCAGCAGACAUGUUCAGGUCAUUGGUGACACUGACACUAGUACUGAUGAAGAUAUUUGCGAUAGUCUCUGUAAUCAGAGUGGUAGUAGUAGUAGUAGUGAAAUUGAUAGUAGUGACAAUACUGUUGCAAUUCAAGAAUCAGAGCAAUUAGAUCUAGCAGAUGAGAAUUCACAACUAGCUUUAAAGCUCAUUGAUGAUCUUAAA